CAUGGCGACGGCCCGCGCCCCCGGCCCGCGGGAGCUGACAUGGAGGACUCGGGCCCGGCGCCCCCGGUAGCCGGCUUCCCCCGCCCGAGCAUGGGCCGCGAGAGCCAGGCCAAGGAGGGCCGCCUCCGGGAGGGCGAGGGCGCCGCCGUGGGGGGGCUGCUGCUGCUGGCGGCGCUCCACGGGCGGCCCCGCGAGCCCAAGCGGCACAGGCCGGAGGGCGAAGGGGGCGAAGGGGGCCCCGCCAAGCGGCCACACAGCAGGCAGCAGCAGCAGCAGCAGCAGCAGCGGGAGGCCGCCCCGGAGCGGCGCGUGCCCGUCGGCCGGCUGGCGCGGGACUACGUGGUGCCCUGCCUGAACUGCUACGGCAUCUGCGUGAAGGACGCCUUCCUGGGCGAGCCCCUGGGCGCCCGCAUCCUGGGCGAGGCGGAGGCGCUCAACCGUGGGGGCAAGUUCCGCGAUGGGCAGCUGGUGAGCGGCCCCAGGACGGUGCCCGCCCGCAGCAUCCGCGGGGACCAGAUCGCCUGGGUGGAGGGCCGGGAGCCCGGCUGCCAGGCCAUCGGCGCCCUCAUGGCCCGCGUCGACGAGCUCAUCCUGCACUGCGCCGGGAAGCUGGGCGGCUACGACAUCAACGGCCGGACCAAGGCCAUGGUGGCAUGUUACCCUGGCAACGGCAUGGGUUAUGUGCGGCACGUGGACAACCCUCAUGGAGACGGGCGCUGCGUCACGUGCAUUUAUUACCUCAACCGGCAGUGGGAUAGCAAGGUUCACGGUGGCAUCCUGCAAAUCUAUCCAGAGGGCCGUUCGGUCGUUGCAAACAUCGAACCAAUCUUUGACCGGCUGCUCAUCUUCUGGUCUGACCGGCGCAACCCGCAUGAGGUGAAACCAGCCUACGCUACAAGGUACGCCAUCACGGUCUGGUAUUUUGAUGCAAAGGAGCGGGCAGAAGCCAGAGGGAAACACCAGCUAGCGUCUGCUCAGAAGGAAGGACCCUCGCCCGGCACGCAGACCCACGGCCCCACUUGACAGACAGCUGGAUGUUGCCGUGGAAACCUGACAGCCAAAGACCUUUCCUCUCUCUUUGGCCAUUUCAAGCUGCCUGCUGCCGCCGCCGCCGCCACCGCCUCUGCCUGCUGCCGCUCGCCCCCAGCCCUGGCCGGAUGCAGCUGGAGGCUCCCUGGUCACAGCCCAGGAGGACAGGAGGGUUGUCGAGUGAGCGAGCGGCUGGUGGCCCUAGAAGGAAGGGGGCGCACAGUGUGCGUGCGUGUGUGUGUGUGUGUGUAGUUGUGUGAACAAAUGCGCCUGGAGGAGCACCCCUUCCCCCCCUUCAUCGGGGUUCCUUUUGCAUCACUUCUGCCGAGCGAGCGAGUGGGGAGCCCCCAGCGCGUGAGGGGCCCUUCUUCCGCCUGCGGGGACCGUUCUGUUCCCUCCAGUGCUGCUGUGAUCGCUUGGUCCUGCUCAUCUUCACCCAUCCAUGAAUCAAGUGAGAGCAGUUGAAUGAGGGAGCGAGACGGGCCAGCAAGGAAGAGAGAAGAAGAAGAGGAGGAGGAGGAGGAGGAGGAGGAGGAGGAGGCGGCAGUGGCGA